AUGGAUCCAAUUAAAAAAUCUGCUAAGCGACGAUCGUUCUUAAAAUCACUAACGAAACAACUAGCGAUUUCAAAUAUUGAAGACCGAGCCACUAACGUACGCAUAACUUGCUAUGCCAACAUUCGUAAUGCUAUGGAAGCACUUGAUGUAAAGGUAAUAUCAAGACCAGCUCCAGGAACUGCACCUGAAUAUGCGCCACGCUCCAACCGUCCGUCAUGCCAUUUAUGUCGAGCACAGUAUAAACGCCAGCGCAAAACCUGGUCAUAUUGCUAUUCCUGCAACAAAGUGGUCUGUGCUGGACAUUCCACAACGUUGCACCGAUGUCAUAGCUGCACUCCUGGAUAA